AUGAGUUCUGAAAUUCAUGAUCAAAUCAAAGAUAAGUUUUGUGAAGUGUUUGGCAGAGAAUCCAACAUUAAUCAGACCAAACCCAUUGAUGCAUUCCUACUAUUGCUCAUAUUGGUAUUUUGGCCCUUGAUGGAAUCGACUGAAAAUCAGGAAUAUCAUUUAAGUCUGAGGGUCAUUCUGGUCCUCAUUUUAGCAAAUACUUUAAGGAAUAGUAAGAAGAGCAGAAAAGAAAAUGCUAAGAUUUUAGUUUAUUAGGGGAUAAGCAUUCAAUUAAUAAGCAAUAUUGUGUUUGUGUAUCAAGAACAAAGGUAUUUGUGAAUAAAAAUAUAUGUUAAGCAAUCAGCAUUGUCAAAAUUACUUAAUUUCAAUUGCUUUCCUGAUACUAACUUCUACUCGAUUUCAAAUCAGUCAUAUUCGCGAAAUUACUUAUUCAAUUUCUAUUAUAUCCUUCAUCACCUAAUUCUAUUUACAGAACCAAAUCAUGCAAAUUAUCAAGUACUUUGCAAUCGCCAUAAUCGCAAUUGAGGGAAUAAUAUGGAGAACCCAUUUUUUAAAGGAUGAAUACAAUAAGAAAAUGGCAGAUUUCGCUAAGGAGUUGGAAAUAAUGAAGGAUUAUUACAAUGAAUAAAUAACAAAGUUGUAGGACAAUUAGGAGAGUGAGACUUAGUAAUAAUUGUCUUCCAGAGCUAAUGAUUUGCUAAAGAAGUUGAGAUUAAUCAAAUAUCAAUAAUUGUUGAUCAAAAAUAAUAAUGUUCAAAAGGGAAUUCGAAAACCUAAGAAAAUGAACUCAGAAAUUCAUCAGAAUGCUUUUUCACUUCGUUAGUUACCUGAAAACAAUAUUCCAGAUGAACAGAGUUCGAUCUAAUAAGAUUGUUCUAGCAAUCAUUUUUAGGAAGAGGAAAAUGAUAGACAUCCUCCCCAAUUUAAAAGAAAGUCAUAAAGAAUGAUGACUAGUGCAACUGAUUACAGGAACAAUGAAAAUUCUAAUAGUGUGUCCUUUUCUGAGAAGAAUAUAGAGGAAGUCAAAAUUACAACUGAGGAUAUUGAUGAUCUCUUGAAUCUGCUCUCUGGGAAAAAGGAAUCAAUAUGGCUACCAAAGUUUCUAAGGAGUAAUUAAUUGAUCAAUGAGCAAGAGGGAUUCAGCGUGGAUGCUAAAUAGUAAUUAACUCUAUAUUAUAGGAUAGGUUUUUAUUAUCUCAUUUUACAUAGAAGCAACCCUCGUUCGAAUACAUUUAGGAUUACUAGGAUCAAGUCUAAGAGGAAGAACUGGAGAGCAUUGACUUUAAUGCAGACUUUCUACAGUAUUGCAGAAACAAACCAUAGGAUAACAUUUAGACGAGAAUCUUUUUUGAGAAUACUAUCAAUUUUUUCAAGAAAUUUAAGAUUGCCCAAACCUUAAAGAUCACCAAACCUGAAUUGAUUGGAGAGUUUGCUCUUAAAAUUGACAUGUCAUACUUCAAUAAUCUGUAUCAUAAUUCUAUGCAUGCUCUGGAUGUAACUAAUUCAUGUGGGUUUUUCUUGGAAAAUGGAUUGAAUGAAUUGCUAGAUGAAUUUGAAUAGGCAUGUUUGAUAAUUUCCUCUUUGGCACACGAUAUUGGACAUCCAGGUCUAAAUAAUGGAUUUAUGAUGAGCAAUAGAUGUAAAUUAGCUUUGUUAUGUAAUGAUAUAUAUAUAUAUGCUUAGACAACGAUUAGAGUGUGCUAGAGAAUUAUCAUUCUUUUUUAUUGUUCCAAAUCCUCUCUUAAGAUCAAUUCAAUAUCAUACAGAAUUUGGGAUAGGUUGAAUAAAAGGGAUUUAGAAAGUAUUGUUUGAAUCUAAUCCUGGACACUGAUCUCACAAGGCACUUUCAAUUGAUGAACAAAUUCUAGAAUUACUUAGAACUAACGGAAUCGCAGGAUCUAGAUAAAAACCUACUGAUGUCGAUUUGCAUCAAAUGUGCAGGUAUUCAAUCAUCAUCCAUUUAAGAUGUUGGUCAUGGAGCUAAACAAUUGAAAAUGCAUAAGCUUUGGAGUCGAAGAAUUAUAGAGGAAUUCUUUUUGCAAGGAGAUUUAGAGUCAUACUUGAAGGUACCAGUGUCACCCAUGUGCGACAGAAAGUAGUGUGUAACCAAAUCUCAGGAGGGAUUUCUGAAAGCUAUUGUCUUGCCUAUGUUCAAUGCAUUCGUUACUUUAUUGCAGAAGUACUUGAUAGUCUAACUCGGCAUAGCGAAAAAGUGACAGAUGUUUGUUUGCAGCAGAUUCAUGAGAACUUGGAAUAUUGGUAGCAAUAAACUGAUGAUAAGCAAUUUAUGAAGGAGACUCAAUUAGAACUACCAGGACUUGAGAAUUUGAAGAAAUUUUUGAAUUAGCCAUUAUAAUUAUGUGUUUGA